AUUUUUAACACUGUUUCAAAUAAGCUUUGGCGAAAUAGUAGAAGCUUUUUGUGGACAAGGGCUGUUUUUUUAGUGUGAGAUUCUGGGGUUAUCUGCGGUACUGUCAUGCGCACUGCGUGCUGAGUCAAAAUGGCGGAAGAGGAAAGCACUGUAAAUGCUUGUUCGAUGGAUUGCGAUACCAGGCAAGAAAAUGCCACUUCAAACGAGGCGGCGCUGUCAGAAAAUCAAAUUACAGAUGAAGAAGAAAUCGUUUCCCCGAAAGAACAACAAAGCGUCGAAGAAAAAGAGGCGGACACAUCCGAUAAAGCUAAAUCUGCCGCAGAAAUGGUGAAUUUUCGCGUGUGUUGGAAUAAGAAGAAUUACGAUGUAACCUUUGAUUUGGACAAGAGCGUAGACAAAUUGAAAGAGCACAUCGAAGAGUUGACAGGUUUACCAGUUGCAAUGCAGAAGUUAAUGUACAAAGGUCUUUUAAAAGAUGGCACAAAAACGCUUCGGGAUGUGAAAAUUACCAAAGGUACCAAGAUGAUGGUGGUUGGCUCGACUAUAAAUGAUGUUUUGAAGGUGACGCCACCCUCUCCUAGUCAACUUAAGGAGGAAAAAACAACAGCAAGUGCUGCUAAAGAACCAUUCUGCAAACAAAAGAUGCACAAGAAAGUAUUAGACAAAGGCAAACCUGAUGAUGUAAUGCCUGGAAUAAAAAACAGAAAGGAAAGCCUCCCAACUGUACCGUUAUCUGGGAUGUAUAACAAAUAUGGAGGGAAAGUAAGGUUAACAUUCAAGCUUGAACUAGACCAGUUAUGGCUCGGCACAAAAGAACGCACGGAAAAACUUCCAAUGGGAUCCAUAAAGAACAUAGUCUCCGAGCCAAUAGAGGAACAUGAUGAUUACCAUAUUUUGGCUCUCCAGCUCGGCCCAACAGAAGCCUCACGCUACUGGAUCUACUGGGUUCCCGCGCAAUAUGUUGAUGCCAUCAAGGAUACAGUUCUUGGAAAGUGGCAGCCAUUUUGAGAACAUUCUAGACAAUGUCUGAUCUCUGUUAAGAGAAGCGCGAAAUGCAUUCUGGUAAUCAAGCCGCUGGUUGCCAUGGCUAUCUGCAAAGAAAUUUAGCCAAUCAGCAAGCUUAUCUGAGGCAUGACUAGCUUUUAUUUUUUUAACCGACGUACUUUGGGCCAAGCCAAAGUAAAACGAGGUACCCGCCUUGAGCACCAAAAACAAAGCUCUCCGUAACACCAAGGAAUACCGUUUUAGGCUUUUAGAACUGUAACACCUUUGUUAUUGUUUUCAACUAAUAUUGUAGGACAAAAUUGGGAAGAAAUCUCAAAAUAACCACCUAAAAUAACUUAUGUUUUAUUUACCAAAAUCAAUAACAAAUAUCGCAACAACUUUCCCAAUUCAGCCGAAGGAAAAUGAUGCUUUCUUACACUUGGUACUUUGCUAGGAUGACAAAAUGGCGAAGGCAAUCUGGUAAGACGAGCAGGAUGCAUAGCGCGCAUAGCAAAGACAGGUUCACUGUGUGUACCUGUGUCGACCUGUGUUUACCCAUACAAUAGAAGAAUUUACCAGAUCUAACCAGGCAUCACAUUUUCCAUACAAUGCCGCUGUAUUUUUUUAGACAAAAUGUAAUUCGGUGCAAAGCAAGUUGGUGUCGAUGUGAAAGCUUCAAAUUGCUUAAAAUGAAAAGAAAUCUAAAACCAGCUUCUUUAAGGAACAAACUAGCCAUUAUCUCGGGUAUAGUCCCCAUUAACUGAAAAUCUGACAAGGAAGAAUAGAUGAGCUUUCAGAUUCCGUGUCCUACACUCUCUGACACUGACACAGCUCAAGCUACAGAGUGGUUUUCAAAAUCCCGUGCAACAAAAUGUAGUUGUUAAAGUGUAAUAGUCGAGCCAGAACAAAAGAGAACAAAGACAUUACAGUGUAUAACUAAUAAAUAAGCUAAACAAUAUUUCACGGGUUUUUGAAAACCACUCUUAAUACAAACAUGGCAAAAAGAUUUGAAAUAAGAUAAGGAAAUACGAGCUUCAACGGAGAACACCGAGAAGGAUUGAAUAGCGCGCGGUGCAUUAUGGGGUGGAUUCCAUUCUUGCUACUUGUUGCAAUUCUGUUAACUUUUUCAAGGUUGUUCGGUUAAAAGAGAGAAAGAAGAAGGAAGAAGGGUUCUGUAGAAUUAUUUGAUAUUUUGUACAAAGUGCCGCAGGAGAAUAUUUAAUUGGCAUUUUAGACUCGCUGAAUCAUCUGUAUAACAGUUACAGUUUAAUUGCUGUCAAUAAAUGCGAUUAACAUCAUGUCUAUAGAGCUAUAUAAUGUCAAAUUGCUUUCGAGAAUUGUAUUAAAAUGAUGUCUGUAUAGAGAGGUAUAUAGAGUCAAACUAUAUUAACCUGAUUUCUGUGUUUUGUAUCAAUAAAAGUGCGGUAAACCGUGGCUAGUGUCGAAUAAAAUAGGAUAAUUACA